AUGAAACCGAAGAGCCUGAAAUUCGUACCUGAGAAUGGAAGCUCCGAAUCAAAUCUUGAAUUCCAUAUGCAUCGCGGAUCUGAUAUAAUUGGCCUUAAUUCUUCCAGGGGAGGAGGGCGAAAAUGUCGUUCCUGGAGGAGAAAAUUUCAGAGGAGGAGGGCCUUGGUGAAGAAAAACAGGAAGAGAUGCUGGUGAAUGAAAAAGGAAUAGGUUAAGAAUGAAACGGCUGAUGAAUGAAAAAUUGGUAUUAAUUAUUGGUAUUAAAGAGAGGUGAGUGUAGGUUAAGAAAAAAAAGUGUAGGAUAAUAGGAAUGAAGGAAUGCAUGCCAUGUAGGAAUUUUUCAU